GUACACAGCAGGCCCGGGGCUAGAGAGGGUGUCGUGCCUACUGUUUGGAAGACUGGGAUUGGGAGGUCGGAGUGGACUCCGACUUGUCUCGGAUUGCCCCGGAAUCCAUCCUGUCUCUGGGACUUGAUAUAACAUUAUGACCAUUAUUUUUAAUGGAAGAUGAUUGUAAGUGAAAACCUAAACCAAGAAGAAAUUAUUAAGGAACUGUGUUUGUGCAAUGGUUUAUCUUAUGAGAUGGUUGUGCAAGAAGGAUCAGAUACUUCAAAACUGGAGAUGUUUUUCUCAGGGUAUCCUCAUAUGGUCGGAUUAUCAUUAUUUCCUAAUUUAGCAAGUCUUACGAUUGUUGCUCAAGAUAUAAAAGAAAUUUCAGGGUUAGAGACUUGCUUCCAACUUAAAGAACUUUGGAUUGCUGAGUGCUGUAUAGAGAAAAUUGGAGGUCUUCAAGAAUGCAGAAAUUUGGAAAAACUGUAUUUGUAUUAUAAUAAAAUUUCUAAAAUAGAAAAUUUAGAGAAAUUAACCAAAUUGGAGGUUCUUUGGCUGAACCACAAUACAAUUAAAAAUAUUGAAGGCUUACAAACUUUGAAGAACUUAAAUGAUCUCAACCUUGCUGGAAAUCUAAUAAGCAGCAUUGGUCGAUGUCUUGAUCCCAAUGAACAACUGGAAAGAUUAAAUCUAUCUGGUAACCAAAUAUGUUCUUUCAAGGAUCUCACUAACUUAACCAGGUUGCGAUACUUAAAGGACUUAUGUCUCAAUGAUCCUCAAUAUACAACUAAUCCAGUUUGUCUUCUGUGGAAUUAUUCCACACAUGUAUUGUACCACUUGCCUUGCCUUCAAAGACUCGAUACAUUUGAUGUGUCAGCAAAGCACAUCAAGGAACUGGCGGAUACCACAGCAAUGAAAAAAAUAAUGUAUUACAAUAUGCGUAUAAAAACUGUUCAGAGGCAUCUUAAUGAGGACCUUGAAAAACUGAAUGACCGAAAAUGCAAAUUACAGAAGUUGCCAGAAGAACAAAUAAAAUUAUUAAGCUUUGUGAAAAAAAAUUUGGAACGGGAACUGGCUGAACUCAAGGGAUCUGAUAAAGGGCACAAUGGUAGAUCCAAUAAUAAAGUAACUGAGUUUGAAAAAUCAAAGAAUUGUGAAACUGUUACAGAAGAAUCAAGUUUUCAACAGAAGAUAUUGACCAAAUUAAAUGCCUUGAAUGAAAGGGUAACAUUCUGGAACAAAAAACUAGAUGAAAUUGAAGCAAGUUAUCAUAUUGAAGUAAAGCAAAAGAAGAAAAGUUACGGCUUAUUGAUCCCAUUUUUGUUAACUGAGUUGGAGACUGUGGGAAAUAUCCAUUUUGAAGCAGGCACUCGAUCUGAUGACUGGUUUAAUUCCUGCUAUGAAUUAAUUCUGUCACGUUUUUGUACUUGGGACUUCAGAACAUAUGGUAUUACAGGAAUAAAAGUAAAACGUAUCAUUAAAGUUAACAACCGUAUUCUGAGACUAAAAUUUGAGGAGAAAUUUCAGAAGUUUUUGGACAAUGAAGAUAUGCAUGAUUCAGAGAGCUAUCGAAAGAGGCUGGAAUGCCUUUUUUAUGUUUUUGAUCCUGCAGCUACAGUGAAGAAAAAGCAUCUGCUACAAAUACUUGAGAAAGGAUUCAAAGAGAGUGAAACAAGCAAGCUGCCUCUCAGGAAAGAAGCCGUUAUUCUUGCUAACAGCCUAAGUAUAUGUGAGUGUCCCCGAAUGGAAUUUCUAUGGCAAAAGUACAAGGAUGAGAAGAAAACCUCUCUUGAGCAUGAGCUCUUCAGGCAUGGCAUCCUCCUCGUUACAAAAGUUUUCCUUGGCCAUAGUAUUCAGGCUCAAGAACAAGAAUCCAUCAGUCAAGUUAACUCAAUGGUUAAUUCAGUGUUCAUUCCUCGGAAAUAUUUACCAAAUUCUGUCACGGAAAAAAGAAAUUGUGAUUGCAGCUUUCGGCAGUGCAAAUGGUUUGUCUUUGAUCAUGAACUUGUUUUGCCAGAAUACAUUGUUGAAUUUGAGUAUAUUACAAUGGCCAAGGUUCACUCUUUAUUUUCUUCCUUCAACAAUAUUAUUAUAGAAGAAAGCAAAAACAAUUCAGAAGGAUCAAUAUUGUCCCAGGAUUUAAAAUUUGAUGAUGAAGUUAUCAAAAUGGAGCCUAGAGUCAAGUCCCGACCAAAACUUGUUAGUUUGGAUGAUAAAACAAUACUUUCCCUUGCCAAGACUAGCCUUUACAGUCAUAUUGUGAGUCUGAAUCUACAUGGAAACAGUUUGAGUAAAUUGAGAGAGCUCUCCAAGUUAACGGGACUUCGAAAACUGAAUAUUAGCUUUAAUGAAUUUACUUCUUUAGAUGAUGUAUACCACUUGUAUAAUCUUGAAUAUUUGGAUGCAAGCCAUAACCAUGUGAUAACCCUUGAGGGAUUUAGAGGGCUGAUGAAACUGAAGCACUUAGACUUGAGCUGGAAUCAACUGAAAAAAUCUGGCGAUGAAAUAAACAUGUUAUGCAAACACACCACAAGCCUUCUCACUCUUGAUAUUCAACAUAAUCCAUGGCAAAAGCCAGCCACGUUGAGACUGAGUGUUAUUGCCAGAUUAAAAUCUCUUACACACUUAAAUGGACUCCGCAUUUCUGAAGAGGAAGUAACAGCAGCUAUGAAAUUUAUUACUGGAACAAGGAUUACUCAGUUAUCUCUCUUACGGCAUUCUAGUACUAAAGAGGAAAGACCACGGAUACUUAGUAUAUGGCCAUCUGCCAAAAUUCUGACACAGAUUUCAAAGUUAGGGCCACAUUCACAUCUGAGUGGAAACUGGUACUUGAAGAUAACCGCCUUAAAUUUAGAUGGACAACAUCUCUUUGAAAUCACAAAUUUAGAAAAAUUGGAAAAUUUGAAAUGGGCAUCAUUUAGCAACAAUAACCUCACUAAAAUGGAAGGUUUGGGAUCCUGUAUUAACUUGGAAGAGCUCACAUUAGAUGGAAACUGCAUUUCAAAGAUAGAAGGAAUUUCCAAGCUGACUAAAUUAACUCGCCUCAGCAUAAAUAAUAAUCUUCUCACUGGUUUGGAAAAGCAUACUUUUGAUAACAUGCUUCAUCUUCAUUCCCUUUCUCUUCAGAACAACAGAAUCACUUCACUGAGUGGUUUACAAAAAACUUAUACUCUAGUAGAAUUAUACAUAAGCAAUAACUAUAUUGCUGUCAAUCAGGAGAUCUACAAUUUAAAGGGUUUGUGCAACUUGGUCAUUCUAGACAUGUAUGGAAACAUUAUUAUAUGGAAUCAAGAAAACUACCGUUUGUUUGUAAUAUUUCAUCUUCCAGAACUGAAAGCUUUGGAUGGAAUCUCAAUU